GGAAGCAUCUGUUGAUGGGGUGGUUGUGGCAGGAUGAGGGGAGUUUUUCCCCCCUUGAAUAGGAUAGUUUUGGUUGCCAUAGAUAUUCAGAAAAAAAUAGCCCUGCCUAGUCAAUGAGACGAAGCUUUGGAGCUGUAUACCGUAACCGUACGCAAUUGUUUUCUCAAAUGGAAAAGCAAUAAAACAUGUAUUUUUUGGAUACACAUUGAGAUUCAUAUUUGGUUGAAAAUUACGAUCUGAGGACCAAGCACCUUUAAAACAAACCACUACUUUUUAACCUGCUCCUGUCGCCCACCUGGACAACACUUUACUAUUCCACAGCAGACAGCACCCAUGACCGGCAGGACUUGUAUUAUAUGGACCCUCAUACGAUGGACAAGGUGGAGCAGAUUCUGUCGGAGUUCAGGUUGAAGAAGGAGCAGUUGAAGGAGGUGAUGAAGAGGAUGAUGAGGGAGAUGGACCGGGGACUGCGUGUAGAGACGCACCAGGAGUCUAGCGUCAAAAUGCUGCCCACCUACGUCUACUCCACUCCUGAGGGAUCAGAGGUGGGGGAUUUCCUGGCCCUGGACCUGGGGGGGACUAACUUCCGUGUGAUGUUGGUGAAGGUGGGGGAGGAUGAGGAGAGGGGGUGGAAGGUGGAGACCAAACACCAGAUGUACUCCAUCCCUGAAGACGCAAUGACAGGCACGGCUGAGAUGCUCUUUGACUACAUUGCAGAGUGUAUAUCGGACUUCCUGGACAGACACCACAUCAAACACAGGAAGCUUCCUCUGGGUUUCACCUUCUCCUUCCCCGUACGACAUGAGGACAUAGACAAGGGCAUCCUACUGAACUGGACCAAAGGGUUCAAGGCUUCUGGAGCCGAGGGUAACAACGUGGUGGGACUACUGAGAGAUGCCAUCAAGAGGAGAGGGGACUUUGAGAUGGAUGUAGUUGCCAUGGUGAACGAUACAGUUGCUACCAUGAUAUCUUGCUACUAUGAGGACCGCAGCUGCGAAGUGGGAAUGAUUGUGGGUACUGGGUGUAACGCAUGCUACAUGGAGGAGAUGAGGACAGUGGAGCUGGUGGAGGGAGAAGAGGGGAGGAUGUGUGUGAACACAGAGUGGGGGGCCUUCGGUGCCAACGGAGAGCUGGAGGAAUUCAGACUGGAGUACGACAGGGUGGUGGAUGAGACAUCAAUCAACCCUGGACAACAACUCUACGAGAAGUUGAUCAGUGGGAAGUACAUGGGAGAGCUGGUGAGGGUGGUAUUGUUGAAGCUGGUGAAUGAAGAGCUGCUGUUUAACGGUGAAGCCUCUGACCUGCUGAAGACUCGCGGCAGCUUUGAUACGCGCUACGUCUCCCAGAUAGAGAGUGACUCUGGUGACAGGAAGCAGAUCUACAACAUCCUGUCCACGCUGGGUGUGUUGCCCUCGGAGAUGGACUGUGACAUAGUGCGUCUGGCGUGUGAGAGCGUGUCCACGCGGGCAGCACAUAUGUGUGGAGCGGGGUUAGCCGCCGUAAUCAAUCGCAUGAGAGAACGCCGCAGCCAGGAGGUGCUGAAGAUCACCGUGGGCGUUGACGGCUCCGUCUACAAACUCCACCCCUGUUUCCAAGACAGGUUCCACAAAGUUGUACGUGAGCUGACGCCUCACUGUGACAUCACCUUCAUCCAAUCAGAGGAAGGGAGUGGCCGGGGGGCAGCACUUAUCUCUGCAGUAGCCUGUAAGAUGGCAGCGUGCAUGCUGACACAGUGAGAGGGUCGUAACAGCCUCCCACCUAUAGGGGGUGAUACAGGUGAACCAGGCUGAACUGAACCCCUACAGUAAAUGACUCUGGAGAAUCUCAAUUGGUUUUGCUCAACUCGCAUCCUCUCCUCCAUCCUCACCUCGCCUCCUUUUGAAAAAGGUCAACGGUAAUCGAGGAGAGGAAGGGAGGAAACAUGGAAACAAAUGACGUUUACAGAGGCGUAAAGUAGUAAAAACUAAUGUAGCUAGUUGUGCUAGACAUUUUAUAGAUAAAACUACAAUUAUUGUUUUGAAAUAUGUGCAUGCUUUCUCCUCCAAGUGAACAACAGCUGAAUCAAAGGGGGCAGAUUUCAAAACUCUGCCGCGGAGGAUGCACUUGAGUAUCCUUCGCGAGAGGAAGCUAUAGAAGUGAGGAGGACACUCCUCUGUUCGCCUACAAACAAAUUAACUCUCUCCUUGACCACUUAUCGGUUUCCAGGUCACACAGGAGAGGAGGACAGAAGAGUCGAGGAGAGGAUGGACUGUUGUCCAAUUAAGAACCCCCUCCCAUCUAAGGUCACCCAACCCUUUUUUCGAGGCUCUCACAGAGUAAAGCAUCCCUCCUCACUGGUGAGAGAGGGAAUAUAUGUGUGGAGAACUCAUUGUACUGACAUAUAACCCUACCACACAGCACACACACUAUGGAAAACAAAGAGGCAGGUUAAAUCAGUAUUUUUCCUAGUGUACAGUAUUAUACAGAGUCUCUGUAAAUUUCCUGGAGUACCCACAAUGCACAGGUGGUGUGUCAGAGCAAGUACUGAACCCUUAUUAUAACACGUUCUCAAGCUACCACCGAUUGCAGGUGUUUGAAGCCUGGUUAGUACUGUAAUAUAACGUUCAUGUGAAAUGCAUUGACAUUGAUUUAUAAUAUCUGUAUGUUUUCAGUUUGCUGAUGUCCUUAGAUACAGUAACUCAAAAGUAAAGGAUUUAUAUGUUUCAAAUGUAUUGCAGUUUAGUCUUUCACUUACUGUUAGUGGGAAAUGAAAUGCUUCUUUAUAAAAGGUAUGUAUGACGAGUUUAGGUCUUAAUUGCUAAUAUGUAUAUCUAAGAAUGAGAAUGUGCUUUGUUUAUUGUAAAUAAAGUUGCUAUAAAAAAAUA